AGAUGGGACGUGUCGCGCGUUCCGCGUUAUGAUCGCCGUACGCAGUACGUAGUGGCUCAAAUUCGGUACUCUGUUCCGAUUUCGUCCGAUCUACAUCUAUGGAUUAUGACGCUGUGGCGAAUAACGUAAUUAUGAACCAGUUGUGCAAGGUGUGCGGCGAACCGGCGGCCGGCUUCCAUUUCGGGGCGUUCACGUGCGAGGGAUGCAAGUCGUUCUUCGGGCGAACGUACAACAACAUCAGCUCGAUAUCGGAAUGCAAGAACAACGGCCAAUGCGUCAUCAACAAGAAGAACCGCACCGCCUGCAAGGCAUGCCGCCUCAGAAAAUGCCUGUUGGUGGGCAUGUCGAAGAGCGGCUCGCGCUACGGCAGACGCUCCAACUGGUUCAAAAUUCACUGUCUACUCCAGGAGCAACAACAACAACAACAGCUACAGCAACAACAGCAACAGCAGCAUCAACAAACCGGUUCGAACGUAAUGGCGGCGGCGAACCUGCUGCGACCGCACCCCUAUCUGUCGCCGCUGUUCAGGCACCACGCGACGCCGACGCCGACGGCGCCGACGCCGCCGCCGCCCCGCCACACGCACCGCUCCUCGUCCGAAUCGGACAGCGGCGCGUCGUCGGCCGAUCCGGACGACGAUCUGCGCUCGAACAGCGCCCUCAGCUUCCUGAAGCCGUCGGCGUCGCCGGAGGACUUCGGCGCCAGGCGGGCGCCCGCCUCGCCGGCCAGCGACCACUCGAGCCGGCGGUUCGCGCCGUCGCCGCCCUGCAGAUUGCCGCUGGCGCCGAAUUGGACGGCGGCGGCGAAGUCGGCGCCGGCGCCGAAAUGGGCGCCGGACCAGGAGGGGCCCAUCGAUUUGUCGGUGCGGUCGCGGAGCGCCGCGUCGUCGUCGUCGUCGGACAGCGACGGCGAGACGCACGUGGACGUCGGCGUCGACGAGCCGGUCAAGUCGGCGCCGUUGGAUCUGACGCUCGCUAGACAGGCGGCCGAUGUGGCUAAUUGAAAUGAGGGGAGGGAGGGGGGAGUGCGCGUGCGCCGUGGUGUUUUUUUCGAAAAAAGAAAAUUUGUUUUUUUUUUUUUCUAUAAUGUUCUGUCGAGCGAUUGCGUUGAUAAAACUAGUGCAAAUAUUAGGUAGACAAAUUGUUGUUUUGUUUUUUUUUUUUAAUUUGGAAUUUUUAGGCUUUUUUUUUUGGUUGAUUAAAGAGGUGAGUAAAUGCAAUUUAUUUAUUAAAUUUGUUUCAAUGGAUGUAUCGAUCUGUUCUGCACUAUUUUAAACUGUUCUGAACCAUUUUUAACUCUUCUGAACUAUUCUGAACGAUUUUGAAUUGUUUUGAACCAUUUUUAACUAUUCUGAACUAUUCUGAACGAUUUUGAAUUGCUUUGAACUAUUUUGAACUGUUCUGAUCUCUUCUGAACUUCUUUAAACUAAUUUUCAAUUAUUAUGAACUGUGUAUUUUAAAUAUUUAUAAACUGUUCUGAACUAUUUUAACUUUUCUAAAUUAUUUCAACCGUUCUGAACUAUUCUGAACUAUUCUGAACUAUUCUGAACUAUUCUGAACGAUGUUGAAUUGUUCUGAACCAUUUUGAACUAUUCUGAACUAUUCUGAACUCUUUUGGACUGUUUUGAACAGUUUUUAUUUCCUUGUUCGUCUCUAUUUUACUGAGAUGUUUGGAACUAUUCAGAACUGAUUUCGAAUUUUUCUGAGUGCGAUAAAAUUCAUAACAGUUCGGUACAUUUAUUUGGAACUAAAUAAUUUUACCAACGCCCUCUAGAUUGACACCACUGAAAAUUCUGAAUUACAAAAGAAAAGUCACAGAUGCCUAAAAUUUAAGUAUUUUAUUUUUUGUACAGUUAUUACGAAGGCCAGUGUAAAUAAAUAAAAAAAUAAUGUGUAUAAAAUUUUAUAUUAUAUUAUUUAUAUAUUUUUUUUUAUGAAUAUAUUGUAUUGCUUUGUUAAGUUUGAUAUUUGAUAUUGUGAAACAACAACAUAAAAGUCGAGUGUAAUUUAUGCGUCGUCUCUCUCUCGCUCAUUUUCUCAAUAGAUAUUUGAAUUUUAUUCGGGUUAAACGAAACCGGGGAAAAUUUAAUUUUCCCAGUGUAACUAGUAAAUCAAUCGGUACCUGAUAAAUCGAAUAAUAUUAGAUGAGAGACCGUCUCGGCUAUACAGGGUGUUAAUUAAUUGAAUGCCGAUACUUCAGGAUGUGAUUAUUUGGAUGAUUUUAAGAAGAAAAGUUUAUAUCAAUGUCCUAAACCUCUUAGUUUUCGAGCUACAAAAUUUUAACACCCUGUAGCUCGAAAACUAAGAGUUUUAGGACAUACAUUGAUAUAAACUUUUCUUCUUAAAAUCAAUCAAAUAUUCACAUCCUGAAGUAUCAAUUAAUUAACACCCUAUGUUAGGCAAAUAAUUAACGAGUUUCAAACGAAUAGAAUUACAAAUAAAUAAAUUGUCGUGAAGCGAGUGAACUUGUAUACAUGGCCAGUAAAGAAGUGCCUUUUAUGUUAUGUAAUUUUUAUAUUUCGCUUUAAUUAAAAGUAUGUUGUGUUUUCGAGCGACUUUGUUUCAUUUAUAACCUCUCGAAAAAUAUCCAAAAAUAUCCCCAUUCACAAAAAAAAACAAACCGAUUAGAUAGUACUAAUAGUGACAUUUGGUGUCAAUAAACUUACAAAUGAACCAUCAUAGCUUUACAAAACGCAUUUGCAAGUACAUAAAACUCAAGUACCAACUUCGGUACCACCUACAAUUUAGUAGAAUCAUAAUUUUACGUAGUACUUUUGAUAUAUGCAUAGCCCAACCUUUUAGCACCCGCAAUUGGCAAAACUCAAGUCCAAACUCACAUUCGGUACUGCCUAUAUAAGUUUCGAUAAACUCGCGGUACCGUUAGGUAGUACCACUAUUCCCCGAAACGUCCCGAUUUCAUUUGCAACCCAACGCAAACGCACAAAAAAUAAAUAAAUAAACAUAAAUAACCAGUCGUAGCUCGUACGUUAUACGAUCUGCAGGUAAGUACCUAUCGGUACUAUUAAGAAUCUAUCGUCACAUCGGUACAUGUAUACUAACAGCUCGAGUUCGAAUGCAU